UUUAUUGCGAAGUCUUCCAACCGGAUGAGUUGUUUUGCCUGUACACAAACAGGAGCGAGUAAAAACAAUGUGACGUGGCUAAUCCAUCCGUGGAAGACAAAAGACAGAAACACAAAUAUGAAGAACCACUAGACAUUCCACCCCAGAUUAGAAGAAGAGACGUGGACUCCGAAUUAAACUGCAGUAUACUGUAGCCGCGUUAAACGGACAAGUUGUUUAAGGUAAUGUGCUAAAGAGCGGACAAUGUCGGACUGCAAAGCUAACGCACCUGAGGCGCCCGAGGUGCCGGACACCGAAACAACCGACAGCGCCCCACCUGACGUCAUGAUGGACGUGGCCCCCACGAGAAAAGCCAGGAGGAGGGUGGAGCCUAAAGCGGAAGUGGAGGAGACACAGAAAGUAGAAGAGCAGCCUCCAAAGGCAUCCGGUGAGUCCACCGUUUCCCAGGGAGGGUGGGGUUACUGGGGCAACUGGGGGAAAUCCAUCCUGUCCACUGCAACAGCCACUGUGGCCACUGUGGGUCAGGGGUUGACCCAGGUCAUCGAGAAGGCCGAGACAUCGCUGGGCAUCCCGAGCCCUACUGAGAUGUCCGCUCAAGUGGCGGAGGAGCAGAAAGAAGAAGGGGAAACUCCUGCUCAGACUGACCAAGUGGUGGGAGAUGGCGCGUCAGCGGUCGGGAGCGCCAUGGGGAUGUUGACAUCGCUCACCAGCGUCGUCCAGAGCACAGGCAAGACGGUCAUCAGCGGUGGUCUGGAUGCUCUGGAGUUCAUCGGGAAAAAGACGAUGGACGUGAUAGCAGAGGGGGACCCCGGCUUCAAGAAAACCAAAGGGCUCAUGAUCAGGAACUCAACUCUCUCGCAGGUGCUGAGGGAGGCAAAGGAGCGAGAAGAGCUUCAGACAUCCAAAGAGGAGUCGUCGGACGCAGAGAAGAAAGUGGUGGCUCAUUACGGGAUGCUGUUUGACGAGUAUCAGGGUCUGUCUCACCUCGAGGCUCUUGAGAUGUUAUCUAGGGAAAGCGAGUCAAAGGUGAAGUCAGUGCUGACAACGCUGUCUGGAGAUGAGCUGAGUCAGCUCAGAGAAGAGAUGGAGCGCAUAAAGGAAUCGUUCUCCCUAAUGGAGUUUGAUGAGGAGGAAGUGGAAGAGAAGAAAGACCACGAUGGCUCAGAGUUUGAGACGGAGCUCACAGAGGCCUUGGAGGGCCUGGGUGUUUCUGCUACAGCCAGCAAACUCAGCAAGGCCUGUAAGGACGCCAGCAGUGUGAUCGUUGACUUGGGCAAACCAGCGGAGGGCGACGGCGAGGAGGACGUGAGGACGACGUUCACCGUGGAGGAGGUGAACGCCGCAGCCAUCAGGAGCCUGGCCCAGCUGACCGCGCGAUCCAUCGAGCUUUUCCACAAGCUAGCCGAGAGCAUCCUCAUCUCAAACGCCAACGUAAAGGCGGACGUCCUGUCGCUGUUGACGGUCAUCCUGUGUAAAGAAGUAUCGCUGCUUUCCAAGAAGUUCACCGCUUGUUUAACAGCAGCCGGGUCAAACGAGAAGGGAGAAGUCCUCAACCCACUUAUAACUGGAGUAUUCCUAGAGGCGUCCAAUAGUGCCUCCUACAUUCAGGACGCCUUCCAGCUCCUGAUGCCCAUACUGGAGAUCUCCCACAUCCAGAGGAGAGCCGACAUGUCAGAGCAGUGAGAAACUGCUUUUUCUACGUGGCGUAUGCCAUCAAGCAGUGUUAACAAUUAAAAAAAAAUGUAUUCAAAGUGUUAAACUGCAGAAUAAUUCAUACCGUUGCUGCUUUAUUGUGAACAAUCAUUCAACAGAAAGACACAAUCAGCAUCAGCGGACCUUAUUAGCAUCCAUAACCUCAGGUGGUCAUACUGUACAUGAAGGAACUACAGUAAUAUACUGCCAGCUUUUGGUUGUGAUCGUUUUGCAGCAUAACAAUGCGGCAGUCUGUAAUAUGUGCUUUUGAAUAAAACAUUUUA